AUGUGUGGACAACCGAUCACAACAUACAAGGAAUGCCCUUGCGAAACGCCCGGAGAACAACUUCGUCGUUGCAAAAAAGGUGCUCAGAACGCAUGUUAUCCACCUAAACGGGAGGUCAAGAAAGCCAUAGAAGGGAAAUGUCCCGAUUGCGUGAGAGAGGACAGAGAGAGGAAAAUGCGAAGGAAUAAGGAGAAAAAAUCGCAGGAAGGGAGCAGGGCAUCAAAAUUCGACAGGGCAUGGGAAGAGAUGGAGAAGAGAAAUAGGGGCAUACUAGCAGGACCACAAGCGCAAAUUCCACCGGUGAUGCAAAACCGACUAGCAAUGCAACCUCCAUUAGCAAUACCACCUCCAUUAGCAAUACCACCUCCAUUUCAGAUGCGAAAUCCGGUACAGAUGCGAAAUCCACGAGAAGUGCCAAGACGACUAGGAAUACAAGAACAACAAGAGCGAGAAGCAAGAACAAAAGCAGAACCCGAUGAACGAGAGAAGAGAAAUCUUGAGGCCAAGGAGCGAGGAGAGUUUAAUGCACUUCAUGGAAUCAAAGGGGUGAAUAUUCUCAAUCCAAGGGCAACCGAGCGCGAGAGCAGAGAUAGAUAG